AAAUUUAGAGAUGGUUUGUACUUUACAAUGUUAUAUAAGACCAAACACAAUUCAUUUUUAUUAUUAACUCCAGGCUGUGACCAUUAAUCUAGAUUACUUAGAUGACCAUAUUGCCUCCUGUUUAUCAUUACAAUUUUUUUCUGGAUAAAGCUCAUGGAUCAAUUCGUUCCUAUUAACUGGUAUAGAUGUAAUAUUUGAUAUACUUUAUGAAGAAAAGCAUGGAAGUGUGAUACAUCUUCCCUUGAGAGAAAGGCGGUCUAUUUUGAAGAAUAUUGUUCAACCUUUGUCUCCUCAAGUUAUCUACAUUGGAGAAGGUAAUAACAGAUGGUCCACAGUACCAACAUCAAAGGAAGAACUUGCUGACUUCUUUGCCCGUACUGUUCAACAUGGAGAUGAGGGUAUUAUCGUGAAGGAUCUCAGUUCUCAAUGGUGUCCUGAUAAUCGUGAUGGUCGUUGGUGCAAGAUCAAGCCAGACUAUAUUUCAAUGAGCAAUGAUCUUGAUCUUCUGAUAAUUGGGGGAUACUAUGGGAAAUGUCAAUAUGGAGGACAGAUUGUAUCCUAUUUAUUGGCUUUAGUAGAUGAUUCUGAGGGAAAAUCUGAUUCAUCGAGGUUUAUUUCUAUAUGUCGUUGUGGAAUUGGACUUUCAGAGGAAGAUCGAUCCAUACUACAGUCGAAGCUUGCUCCUUUCCUCUCGGUGAAUAACAAGAGAGGCAGGCCUCCAAGUGGCUGUAAAUAUUUGGUGACAAAUAGUCGGUAUGAGCGUCCAGAUGUUUGGGUUUCAAAACCGGAGAUGUCAGUUGUGGUUCAAGUAUCUUCAGAGAAGAGAGUAUAUCCAACUUCUACAUUCAAAGCAGGAUGGACUUUCAGAUUUCCAAGAAUUGUAAGGGUGAGAUACGACAAAUGUUGGUCUGAAUCUCUUCAACUGAGAGAGUUUGAAGAGAUGGUUCAGAUAGCAAGAUUAAAUGGAAACAGUCUAUUUUCCUAUCACAAAUAUGAUCCUAUCAUCAAAGUUUCAAAGAGGCAUAAAAGGGAGCAACAAGAGAGAAAUUCUGUGGUUUUGUCGCAUUUUCAAAGCUCUAUUAUUGCUCAUGGGGAAGAAGCACAUGGUCAUCUUGACAAUAUGGUAUUCUACAUAUGCAACUUAACAACAGAUAUCAAUAAAGCACAGUUAUUUGCACAGAUUCAGGAAUAUGGUGGAAAGAUAGCUAUGAAUCUUUCACAAGUUGUAACUCAUGUUGUUGCAUCAGAACCAAAAGGUCUUCAUUACAAAGUUGCAAAGAGCUCUGAGUUUGAUGUCAUUCACAUCUCUUGGCUUUUUUCAAUGUUGGAAUCCAAGGGGAUUUUGCCAAUCCUGCCAAGACACUAUAUUUAUUUGAGUAAUAAGACAACAAAGACAAUCAGUGAAUCAGUGGAUGAACUUGGAGAUCCAUGGUUUGAACCUCUUGAAAGAGAAGAUUUAUUCCAGAUCUUUCAAAACAUGAACAGUUGGUGUUCCUCAAGUUCAACUAGUGCAAUUGGUAAAAGGGUAUCACUCAAGCUUGGAAGGCCAUGGCUCUCUGGUAUUUUUCAAAGCUGCUGUUUAUACUUUCAUAAGCCUAUCCAUUCUAGAAAUCCAGACUCACAGUCGACAGCUAUUCUAUCAUUGAGGAGAUUACAAUUAGAAGCAGAAAUGCAAGGGGCAUCUACCUCCAGGAAUAUAUUUGAUGACAUAACUCAUAUGGUGGUUUAUGUGCCAGAUGGUGUUAAAUUAUCAUUUAAAACAAUAUUGCACAGUUUAAGUGAACCACAACGACAGGUGAUAUGGACCAACACCAUCAAUAUAGUUUGUCAUGCUUGGAUUGAAGAAUGCAUCAUAUCUGGGAAAAGGUUGGAGUCAGAACCUUACAAUCUCAGGAGUGACAAAGAACUUGAGUACGUUCUUGCUUCAAAUUGUAUUGAAGUUAAAUCUGGCCCACAUUCUAUCUUUGAUAAGACAGUAAUACAAUCAAAUAUGGGGAACAGUUCAGUCACAGAAAAUCAAAGUUCUUCCAACAUACAAUCUGAUACAGAGAACAGAUUAGGCUUUGAUGAUAAUCAUUAUCGAAGGUCUUCCAGUAAGGACAAGAUCAACCCUGAAAAUUUUACAGCAGGAGCACGUAGUGAACAACAGAUAGAUUAUUCACCUGGACGCCACUAUGAUCUUUCAGAGCUUAAAGGAAUUGAUAAUGUUGGCCAUAGUUUUGAUCUACAUAAGGAUUCUGCUGACGUUGUAGAAAACAUGAGUCAAAUCUUACUUGGGGUUCCAUCCAACUUUUAUUGAUUUGCAUCAUGUCUCAGGUAUUGCGAAUACUAGUUUAAGUCCACCAAAUUGGGAAGAAACUGAAUAUGGUUCUGCACUUCAUGCAAAACAUUCAAGUUCCAAUAUGUUGGUUUUCAUCCCAAUCUAGAAUCAUUGCCGAUGCCAGCAAACUGAGGAUAUUUGUGUGUGAUCGAUUCAAACUCUGGAAGAGGCCAUUGGAAAAGGUCCCGUGUAUGUUCUAAAUUGAGGAUUUAUGUCAAAGGACUUUUCUCAACUACUUAGCUAAUCAUGUAAAGAAAUGAGAAUGCAUCCAUUUCUUUGACUGCAGUUACCAACUUUCUCUAGAUAGCUGAAAUUUCAAUAUAACAUGCAAUGAAAUGAAGAGACUGGAAAUGCCUCGCAGUCAAAUGACAUCAUGUUCAAAAUGCCUCUCAAAUUUCCAUGUGGCAUUCAGCCCUAAGUGCUGGAGGAUGCUGAAAUGCGGUAUGCUGCCAUUUGGAAUAUAGUAGCAUAACUUGUCCAGUUACUACUAAUAGUUCCAACUUCCAAGGAACAAAUAAGUUUAACUUGCACAAGCAAUUCAGCUGGAGUUUAAAUUCACACCAAAACACAACCCGGGGGCUACGCAAAGCACUUACAAUUUUUAAAUUUAUUGUACCCUCUCAAGGGCAAGUUUUAAGCUUGCUCGGUAUAGAGCAUAUUUCAUGGCAAGUGUGAAUUUGUGGAGAGCUAGCCAUCUACAUAUUCAACAAAUUCAUUGAAGCUGUGUUUUAUGUUAAUCUGAAUAGAAAGUUUCUUUUUGGACACACUAGCUCAUUGUGGGAAAUUUUGAUGUUACCUUAAAAAUUUGUAUAUAACUUGCUGAUAUAUAAUUUAUCUAUUAUGAACA